UUGCAAGAGAUCGUCGCUCAAUCAGGAGACAUCACUGCCCUGAACUGGGUCGGAACAUCAUCCGAAUUCAAUAGCUGUCUGCCAGCCGACAUUACAUCGUACAAAGCCCCGCCAUACACCCCACCAUCUCUAUCCGAAGAUCAGAUGCAGACAUCAAUCUCGUCGUUGCGAGAUGCUAUUCUUGUGAAGCUUGCUUCGACACUAUAUGCCCGGCUCGACAACCUGAGCACACCUCGUUUCGCGAGUCGCAGGCUACAUCUGCCUUGCAUCGCAUUUCCUGUCACAGCAGUCAGACGGAGGCGUAGUCAAGACGGGGAGUCAUGUCUCACAUACGAAGUCAAGGCAGACGGUCUUCAAGACAUGUUAAUCACCACAGAAGAUAAGCUGGUUCAGUUCUCGCGGGCAAGGUCCACUCGGCAGCCGUUCUUGCUCGUUCGUUCGUGGAAUCGGUAUGACCUUGAACUGUCUGACCUUUCAGACGAGGUGCAGAGCGCGGAUGACGAUUGGCCAGAGCCUGAGUCUCCAUCAAACACAUUACUCAGCGGGUCUCAUGGAGAAGAUGAGCCGGCUGAUUUGGAGUUUCACUCGCGAGCGUUGAGGUUGAUCGUUCGCCUUGGACAGCGUUUUGGCGCGCUUUUGUUAGCACAGCAGCGUGGUGGGGUGUACAAAAGAAUUGCGUCAGAUCACAAUAUUAUUGCGCAAGUCAGGGACGUGGCUUCUAUUCACGACAUGAUGGACGUUAGGACACUAGAGAUAUUGUAGUCGCAAGGAUUUCACGUAGUUUCAUUCAUAAUUUUGACAGCGUUUAAGUACAUGGAAAGAUUCUCCUAAUGGUAACUUUCAUGAUCAUUGAUGAAAAAUGUAU